UGGGGAGAUUUCCCCUGGAUAUUUGGGUUACUGAUGUCUUCCCGAGCUGCAGAAUGAUGGGAUCCAGAUUCUGGCCGGCAGCGAUUCUUCCCAUCCUUGUUUUUCUCCAGAUCAUCCCUUGGGUCACAGGCCAGYACAUAAUUCCUCCUGACAACYCAGUCAUCGGAAUCGUUGGGAAUGGAGCCRUCCUGCCCUGUCAGKURSAAGGCAAAAUAAUCCCGGAGAAACUUUCCAUCCAGUGGAUCUUUGCUGGGGGCGCUACAGAAAGACAGGUGGCCACUUUCUAUGGGAAAAACCUUCGCAAUCCAUUUCUGGAGUCUGAGGCUUAUCAGGGCAGAACUGAGUUUUUCCCAUCAGAAAUCCACCAGGGAAAUUUAUCCCUUCUCCUGAAAAACAUCCAGCUCUCAGACAGAGGGAAAUACACCUGCRUCAUCUUCCUYGAGAACUGGUACAASGAGGUYRUGGUGGAACUGGAUGUGGCAGCUCAAGGUGCUGAGCCCUCUGUUUCCCUGGAAGGACACUCUGGGAAUGGCAUCAGCCUCUCCUGCAGAUCCCAGGGAUGGUUCCCAGCACCCUCCAUGGUUUGGCUGGACAGUCAAGGACAGACCCGGACAGAGGAAGUGACCACUCUGAGCACUCCAGGCUCCUCUCCCGGUGUCUUUGGUGUUGUCAGUUCCAUGAGCCUGGAGCCGGGAUCCGACCGGGAAGUGUCCUGCAGGGUGGUCAAUGAGGUGCUCAAUGCCACAUGGGAAUCCCGAGUGCGGAUUGCAGAUUCCUUCUUCCCUUCCCCUUCCCCUUGGAUGUUUGCUUCCCUUGCAGUUUUAAGUCUGGGUUUGGGAAUGAUUGCAACUGUGGUUUAUAAAAUUAAAUAUUUCUGGAACGCCCGGAGCCACGCGGUUUCUGUGGUGCUGCAUCAAAAGGCGCGGUUCCUGUAUCUGCAGAAUGCACCGUAUCAGUCCCGGUGGAAGGUGCUGGUGGCAGGGAAGGCGCUGGGAGCCAGGGAGUGCUACUGGGAGGUGAAGCUGGGCCAGCAGCAGCCCUGGGCGCUGGGAGUGUUGAGGAGCAGAUGGAGCCGCCCCAACGCGCAUUCCCAGCAUUCCGGGGAUUUCUGGGCUCUUGCCGGAUUCGACGGAGAGCUUUUCUCCUACGAUUGUGUCAGCCGCCACAAGCUCGGGGAGCAGCGGGAGGGUUUGUUUGUGGUUGGGGUGUUCCUGGACCUGGAGAAAGGGCAGCUGGAAUUUUAUGAUGUGGAGCGGAGGGAUCUGAUGGUGGCGAUGUCGCUGCAGGCUGGGGAGGAUCCCAUGGGAAAGUUCUUCCCAUUCAUGUCACGAAGGAAAAAGAGGCCACUGCGGAUCCACCCAGUGCAUAUCCCAGUGCCGCUUAAACGUGGCCUGGAGAUGAGGAGACUGAAGUCAGGCCUCAUUGCCAUCUUCAACAUCCUCCUGAGGGGCAGCUCAGAGGCAGAUAACGAUCUCUUCACUCUUGUGACCAGUGACAGGGCUCAAGGGAAUGGCUGA